AAAUUAGAGAGAUUCCUUUUGUUGGAAAGUCAUUUGCAUGUUAAUCAGUCUUGAAAAUGCAAACUGACUUGUAUUUUUAUUUUCUGUAUGUUGACACCGAUCGAAGAAUCGCCGGCGUUUUGACGGAAUCUGGUUCGACAGUGCUGCUCUCAAGUCUAACUUUGUAGUUCAGGUUUUUUCGAGGUAGCCGAUGUGGUGUUGUUUUCAGAGAAAUGAGGUUGUUUCAGUUAACUGUCUUCAUUUUACAGAUGUUACUGAUUUUGUCGCUGGAAACACUUUGUUCAGUAGACCAAGAAUACCAUCCAUGGCCAGAAACAGAAACAGAAACAACUCACGAUAACAAUAUAAUAUCAUCGCAUUCUUGUAUUCACGACGAAAUACUCAAACAAAGAAGGCGACCGGGUAACAAGAUCUAUUCGGUCACACCACAAGUUUAUGAUCAGGCAGAAGAAGUCUCUAAGCCCCUUCACCGAAAAGGAAGAACUUUACUUGGAUUCUCAACUGCCCAAGAAAAGAAGCAAGUGAAUAAACCCAUUAGGAUUUAUUUAAAUUAUGAUGCUGUUGGACACACAAUUGAUAGAGAUUGCAUCAAUGUUGGUGAUGUAGUUGGAAUAAUAAUGUCUUUGUGGGAGAGACUCGAAAAAUUGGGCGAAGGCAGUUAUGGAGUUGUCUAUCUAGGCCGUCCAUUAGAAGGACAUUGUCUCUAUCCGUCUAUUUCAAUAAUGGCAGUUAAAUCCGCGGAGUACGAAAAUUCAUCAUCUCUCCUACACGAAAGGGAUAUUCUCUCUAAAUUUAAAGAAUGCCCGCAUAUUAUUCGUCUAUAUGGUUAUGAUUUCACCGUUGAAGGCACAAAUUUUUUUACAAAUAUCUUCUUGGAGUACGCCUCGGGCGGCACUUUGCACGACCGCAUUCAAUCAUCAAAGACAUCUAAAUACAACGGAAUCUCCGAAAUUGAAGCAAAGGAAUAUACACUUUCCAUUUUAAAGGGUCUGCGCUACAUCCAUGAGAGUGGAUACGUUCAUUGUGAUAUAAAACCGGAAAACAUAUUAAUGGUCGACGAGAAAGCCAAAAUAGGAGACUUUGGUAUGACUAUUCAGCCAUUCAAUCUUCCAGGAAUGACGCUAGGUACUCCUCAUUAUAUGCCUCCUGAGACAUUAAACGAUGGAGAAUAUGAUACUUCUACCGAUAUUUGGGCAUUGGGAUGCUCCUUCUUUGAAAUGAUCACAUCAACGCCGCAAUGGAAAUGCAAAAAUAUGAACCAAAAUCUUAUUAAACUAAUAAAGCGAAGUAAAAUGUCCAAAGAGGCUUUCGAUUUUUGGAAGAGGUGCACAACUAAAGAUCCAAAGAAAAGAUGGAGCGCAAAUAUGCUUCUACAACAUCAGUUCAUCGUCGGUAGGAGCGAGAAUCCUUCUACCUCCCAAAAUAACGCAUAG